AUGGAUAAACAAGGAUUUCUUUAUGUUUCUAAUUUUUGGAAGGAUGAAGUGAGACGAUGGAAAAUGGGUGAAUAUGGAGAAGGAACUGUAGUGGCAGGUGGAAAUGGAAGUGGAAAUCAACUUAAUCAACUCAAUCGUCCUACUUUUAUCUUUGUUGAUGUAGAUCAAUCUGUUUAUGUAUCAGAUUGGAGCAAUCAUCGUGUGAUGAAAUGGAGAAAAGAUGCAAAAGAAGGAACAGUUGUGGCUGGAGGAAAUGGUAAAGGAAGAAACCUCAACCAAUUAUGGUCACCUGAAGGAGUAGUUGUUGAUGAUUUAGGUCAAAUCUAUGUGGCAGAUUUAGGGAAUGAUCGAGUAAUGCGUUGGUGUGAAGGAAAAGAAGAAGGUGAAAUUAUUGUUGGUAGAAAUGGUAAAGGAAAUCAAUCAGACCGAUUCAAUGGUCCCCGUGGUUUAUCUUUUGAUGAUCAAGGAAACCUUUCUGUUGCUGAUGCUCAAAAUAAUCGAAUUCAAAAAUUUGAAUUAAUAUUGUGA